AUGAAAGAAAAGUUAAAGCAAGUCAAAAUACUCACAGUACAUCAUCAUUCAAGUUAUUGGUGUCGACCCGAUAAAUUCCCUUCAUUCUUCUUACCCAAUCUGAUCACACUGGAUAUACAAGUAGAUGAAGAGUAUUAUAAUCAUUUGCACGAUCGAACUAGAACACCUGCACCGACAUCCAACUCAUCCUGUCCAUUACUCUUAGAAUUCAAACCGAAGAAUCUGAUUGUACGGAUGAACGGACUUGAAAGAGUGAUAUAUGGAUAUGGAGGAGUACCGUCAGGCAUAUUCGACAAGGUCGAUAAUGUGUUUCUCAUACCGAGAGUCGGUAAAGGGGACAUAGCUUAUUUCGAUCCGUAUGAGGGAUUACCUAGACCACCCCCUUCAAGGAUCAAAUCAAUCACUAUCAUCUAUAAGAUUGCCCCGGAUUGUACUACAUCUGCAGAAGUAUCGAUGAAGCAACGUAGAAAAGGCAAUAGAUACGCAAAUUUACAAAAGAUGGUAGAAGAUCUCGGAGAUAGCGAGAUCAUUCUUACAAUAGUACUUCAGCGUUAUCUAAGUGAGGGAGUCGAAGAAGAGAUGCAACAAGCGAUAGAGACUCAUUUAGAUGGGCUGCCGGAAAAGUGGUGGCCCCAAGAGAAGAAAGAGAAACGAAAGAAGAUGGUAGAAGUUUUGAGCUUGGAGAGGUGGGUCGAGGAGAGAAGGAGAUGGGAAGUUCAGUUUGAUGAACAUGAGGUAUGGGAUUGGCAAGACGAAGGUGGGAUUUUGUAA